AUGUGCCGCAUGCCACACGGAGGCCAGUGCUUCGGCAAUUCCAUUGUCACCGAUGCCACAGAUGACGCGAGCAAAGCCUUGCGAGAAGUCAACGCCGAUGAAAUCUUAGACGCCUUAGAGACGGUAUCUCACGAAGUGGACGCCAACUGGGGGUCGGAGUCCAUCGCCAGCUUAUUCCGCGAUCCUGAAGUGGAAAAGUUGAUGCAGAAAGGCAACACGGGGCUUGACAAACUCGAGACGGACUCUGCGAUGGCGCGUCGUUACGCACAGAUGAGCUUCUUCGGGAAGAUGCAGGUUUGGCUGCAGUCCCACAAGUACGAGAUCGUGAUUGCCGCGGUUUUAUGCAUCAAUGUCUUGUGGAUGGCUUUUGAGCUCCAGCUGAGCGGGUCCGACACAGGCUACCAAAUUGGAGUGAUCAGCGCGCCCCCAGUGCCUGCAGAGAGUUGGUCGACUUGGGGCAGGAUCAUCGAGGUGGGAGACCUCAUCUUCACGACCUUCUUUGUGACGGAUGUUGUCGUGCGCAUUGUCGUUUUGCAGCGCAGCUUUUGGAAGGUCCCGCUGAACUACAUCGAUGUUGCUGUCAGUGCUGCGUCUCUGUUUGAGGUCACGGUUUAUCAUGGCACCACCUUGGCGGUGAAUCCAAUCCUCUUCCGCCUGGUGCGCAUCGGCAAGCUCGCGAGAGCUAUUCGCUUUGUCACCAUGACCAGCAUGCUGGCAUCCCUUCAGCUGCUGGUAAAGUGUUUGGCCUCCAGUAGCAACAUGCUCUUCUGGAGCUUCUGCCUCUUGACUUUUGUCCAGUGCGUAGCUGGACUGAUUGUCAGCACCCUCUGCCGGGAUUUCUUCGAGGACGACAGCUACGACGUCUCAUUGAGGGAAGCGGUGUUUCGAUACUACGGCACAUUCACCCGCACCUUCCUGACAAUGUUCGAAAUUUUAUUUGCCAAUUGGGGACCAGCAUGCAGGGUGCUGGUGGAAAACUUCAGUGAAUGGUUCUCCAUCUUCUUCCUUUUCUACAGGUGUGUCCUUGGCUUCGCUGUGUUGAAUGUCGUUAACGCCGUCUUCGUCCAACAGACCAUGAAGACGGCGGGCUCUGAUGAAGAGCUAGCCUUCAAGCAAAAAGAGAAGGAUGCGCAGAUGUACACGAGGAAAGUAAAACGGCUAUUUCAGACCAUUGAUGACUCGGGAGAUGGUACCCUCAACUUAGAGGAGUUCUCCAAGCUCGUCCAAUCUCCAAAGCUGAAGUUUUGGAUGAGCCAGCUAGAGCUGGAGUACCACGACCUCCUGAGCUUGUUCGAGUUUUUGGACAACGGAGAUGGUGAAAUUACCUUGAUGGAGUUCAUAGAAGGCGCGGCUCGACUCCGCGGCGGGGCAAAGGCUUUGGAUAUAUGGCGCAUCGAAACGAAGCUAGAGGUUCUCUUCGAAGAAGUCCUAAAGGCUUUGCACACCACUUCCGGGAAAGUCAUGCCUCUGUCAGUUCAGGACGCAUGUCUCAUAUAUAGGCAUAUGGUCCCAGUGAGCAGGAUAGAGCGGUGUUCGGGCUUGUGGGGGAGAUGCAAGCGACGCGUACUGGCAGAAAUGGCUGAUGUUGGGUGGCGCUUGAAGAACUUAAAUCAACUAACCAUGGAGCGGAUAAAUUGCAAAUAG